AUGCAGACCAGAGGCUCGGGCUCCUUGCCCGAAUGGCUGGCCUCACGUGUCCAAGUCGUGGCCUCACGGCAAAGUCCCGCAGCACCAAAACGCCUGGAACUCACCUUCGCAGGUGUGGACCUUCCGGACAGGCUGCCGGAGCUUGUGGCGUGGUUGCGGGCUCCGCGAGGCCUGGCGCAACAAGCGCUCGAAGCCGCAGACGCGGACUUUGUUUGCUGGGCUGACUUCCGAGGGACGCGGCUUCAAGAUUCCGAUGCUGCAGACUUGCUUGAGUGCCUUGGAAACCUGCGUGUGGCGCGGCUUUGGCUGGCUUCCAACAGCCUCACACAGAAGUCUGCCGGGCGAUUGCGGGACUUCGUGCAUCAUGCAGACUGCCUGCGGGAUUUGGACUUGGCAUGCAACGACCUUGACGACGAGGCGGUCUUCGGGCUCAUUUCAGCGAUGGCGGCGCGCAGCAGAUGCUACCAGCGAUGGCUAUAUCUGGCAGGAAACCAGGUGCGAAAUCCUCCAGCAUUGCUCGAAAGGCUGCGGCGUUCUGGGGUGCACGUGUGCCUGGAUGAAGAGCCAUCGGAUAUACCGAGGGAGGUGGACCAGAUUUGUUUGCCUCAUUUUUGCUUUCAGGGGCCUGACAUGGUGGACCGUGACCCCGGAUUGGAUCAGCCUGAAGGUCGUGAAGGACGUGAAGGACGUGAAGGUGAGGAGGCGAGCUCUCGCAAGACGCCGGCCGUACCUAACUUGUCUGCCAAAGCCAGCAAGGACGUGACUUCUGCUCUCCGCGCGCUCAGGACAAUGAUCCCUCCCGAGUCAGACCAGACGCCACAGGCCAUGCCGCAAGCUGGCCCAACUGGACUACUUGGCCCGUUGCCACCACUUGCCGACGACCUCGAUAGUCUGAACUCGCCAAGUCCCUUCACCUCAUUUCCCAGCUUGACUCAGCUUGAUGGCUUUGACCUGAGUCCUGCGAAUCCUUUGGCGCCGCUGUUGCUCCAACAGAUGAUGCCCAUACCAUCACCUGCCAUGAUGAGCCCUUGUAUAGCAUCGUCAGCCACACCUGCGUUGAACACGAUCAUGCCCCUGCUCACACCUGCGCCCAACCUGAAUACAACUUCUUCAUCAGGAACAGCUUCGCUUCCAACAGAUUUGUUGCCGGAUUUGGGUGCAGCCAUCGAAAAUGCCCUUCUGACGCUUGGCCCCUCUCCGAUGAAUACCCUGCUUUCCGGGCCUGUUGCUGACCUGGGUCUGGACAGCUCUCAUCACGUCGACCCCGCGACGUUGUCCAGCGAGGCUCCGGUCUUCGGCGCGAGUCUGCAGGGCGAACGGAGCGAGGUCGGAGAGGCGCCCUGGAAAUCGCAACGGCGGCGUGCCCGCAAGCCCGGAGCACCUUGA